CCCCGGGCGGUGGGAGGCGGUGGGGGUGGUCAGGGGCCCGUGGGGCAGACGCACCUCCACGCACCUCCACGUCUGUGUCCGCGUCAGCUUUGCGGAGGGCACCCGUGACUGGCUGAGUCUCUGGAAGCUGAGAGAGUUCUCCGGGGCUGUUAAGCAGCGGCCGCCUCCAGACAGACUUCCCGCUUCCUCCUCUUCUCCCGUGCUUGAACCCGGGUCCUCGUGCACUGUCCCGUGCGCCCAGCUGGGUGUACCACCGCCUGGCCCAGCACCGUGGAUGUUUCCAGCGACUGCCGGGGCCUCCAAGCCCGUCCUUGCCACUUUACCCCGCGCUGCGGACGUGCUCUAGAAGAGAGCUUGUAAGCAAAGGUCUUGCAGGUCUAGGCCUCCCUCCUGGCGGUUUGUGACGAUUGGGGAGCUGACCCGCUGACCCGCGUGGAGCGUGCUGUGCAGUGGCGCUGGAUCUCCCCCGAGGGUGCUUGUUUGCCACCGAUGGGUGUGAGCAAGCUAGACGUCCUGUACCGCAGGCUGCUCCUCACCAAGCUGUUCAUCAGAGGCUGGGGACGGCCGGAGGACCUCAAGAGACUCUUUGAAUUCAGGAAGAUGAUCGGGAACCGAGAGAGUGGGCAGACGCUGGUGUCCAGUGACUAUCCGGUCUAUGUUGACAAGAUUGAAGAGCAGUCAGACUGCAGGAUUCUGGACGGACAUUUUGUCUCUCCCAUGGCCCACUACGUGCCUGACAUCAUGCCGGCUGAGUCUGUGAUCGCCAGGUUCCAGUUUCUCGUGCCCCGGGAGUGGAGUGGCAAGUACCGGCCCGUGUGCAUCCACCUGGCGGGGACCGGCGACCACCACUACUGGAGGCGGCGAACGCUGAUGGCCCGGCCCAUGAUCAGGGAGGCCCGGAUGGCUUCGCUGCUGCUGGAAAACCCUUAUUAUGGCUGCAGAAAACCCAAGGACCAGAGCCGGUCCAGCCUGAGGAACGUGUCGGACCUCUUCGUGAUGGGCGGUGCCCUGGUCCUGGAGUCGGCGGCCCUGCUGCACUGGCUGGAGCGUGAGGGCUACGGGCCCCUGGGCAUGACGGGCAUCUCCAUGGGCGGCCACAUGGCUUCCCUGGCCGUGUCCAACUGGCCCAAGCCCGUGCCUCUGGUCCCAUGUCUGUCCUGGUCCACAGCGUCCGGCGUCUUCACCACGGGCGUGCUGAGCAGAUCCAUCAACUGGAAAGAGCUGGAGAGGCAGUACUACUCACAGUCCGUCUAUGAGGAGGAGAUCGUCCACCUGCUUGAGUACUGCGGGACAGACUCCUUCAGAGUGGGGCGCGUCUCUGCCGCCACAGACCAGCUGCGGGACCUGGGCCUGGUUCCGAGGACUUUGCGAGCAGACGCGCCGGGCCCGGCUGCAUCCCCACGCCCGGCAGAGCGCCCCAGCUCGCCCGCGGAGCCUCCCGGGGCAGAGGGGCUCCUGCCGCAGGACCCCGCCGAGGUGCGCCUGGAUCGGCGCCCCGGCCGGCCCCACGCCGUCUCCACCUGGCGCCUCGGCGGGGGGAAGCCGGGACGAGGGCCCCACGGGGAGCCCCUGGUGUUCAUGAAGGGUGUCAUGGACGAGUGCACGCACGUGGCCAACUUCUCAGUGCCCGUGGACCCCAGCCUCAUCAUCGUGGUCCAGGCCAAGGAGGACGCCUACAUCCCUCGCGCCGGUGUGCGUGGCCUGCAGGAGAUCUGGCCCGGCUGUGAGAUCCGCUACCUGGACGGGGGGCACAUCAGCGCCUACCUGUUCAAACAGGCUCUCUUCAGAUGGACACCAUGGCACCAAAGCUUCCCGCAGUGUAGUGGGAGCUGGGCUGAAGCCUGGGUCCUGCACGUGACAAACCAGGCGUGCUCUCCAAGAAGCUGGUUUGUGCACGCAGAGCAGCUGUGUCUUGAGGUGCGAAAGGCUCCCCACUUGCUGAAGUCAUGUGGCCAGCGAGCCAUCUACGAUGCCUUCGACCGCUUCCUCCAGAAGUACGCCAAGUGACCAGACCUCGGUCCCCUGCCCGGCCGGCCUGAACUUCAGAGCCCCUCGGGGGACAGACACGGCCAGGCGGCCAGGCGGGGGGGUCUGCCGAGCUCCCCGGAGACGAAGCCCAGGCCGGCACCAGCUCACCUCCACCUGCCCUGCGGGAUUGUGAACCAACAUUUGGAUGAAACUGGUGAAGAGUUUUGUUUACUGUCUGUGGGAGCCUCAGUUUCUAGUCUCCCUAAUACCUGUGAGAGCUGGGAUUCGCAGCCGUGAGCAGCUUAUUAACUCAGAGCAAGUGGUCCUAGGAGCCCGUCUGGCCAGCUGUGUGAGGCCUGGGGGCAGGUGUCCUCGGGGAGCCUGGAAGCAGGGGCCUCAGCGGAGAAGCCCUUAUCGUCCACCCUUUACCUUCUGCCCGUUUCCUUUCCUCCUUUUGUGCUUCUUGCCUUUACUUUGUGUUUGUUUACACUAUCUUUUCCUCGGAUGAAAAUCUCACUUGCCAUGCGAAACGUCACCACAGGGUAGAUGAGCGUUCAUUCUGAAGACUGAGGGGCUUGCUGCAUGGUGCGUGGUGCGUACUGCUCUGCAGGACUAGGAGGAGAGCGGGGCGCCUGGUGCCAAGUGUUCGGCAGAAAAGAAAGGUGCCGAUCUGUCUCCUGCGCUUAGAAAGUCGUGAGCGUGGUGAUGGCUGGCAGGCGAGGCCUCACCCUGGGCUUGCAGAACGCCUGGCUGUACGGUUUCUCACUUCAGAACUCACGGGCCACGUGUGAGCUGCUCUGCGCCGUGCAGACUUACUUUAGAGACAGACUCACAGUUCUACGUGGUCACUCACAUCUCUGAAUGGACGGUCACACGGCUAGAUUUGGUGCUUUCUCUUUAUGUCACAGUUCACAAGCCGAGAGCCAAGCUGUUCUUCUGAAAUGUGGAGAAUCCUUUCUGGAGGGGAGGGGGGCGGGUGUCGUGUGAAGGUUUGGAGCCAACGUAUCUGAGUUUUUUGUGUGCGGGAUCUGUUGUCUCUGGCUUCUUUUCAGAAACGCCCUUAGUCUGGAGGGCGUGUGGAUUGCAAUGUGCCUUUGUAACCUCCUUAAAGGCCAGUCAUGCCCCACCACCACCACCUCUGUGUCUGAGCCCGGGAGGGGGUGCUGGGCUGCCCGGCGCCCCAUCACAGCCACCCAGCCACUUGGGCAGCUCCCUCUGAACUCCGGACAGAACCCGCAGGAGGUCUGAGGUGACACGCCCUCCGCAGAGGAAGGGGGGCUCCCUGCCAGCUGGGUGGCGGGCACCCUCUGGGUGUGGGGAGGGGAGGGGCUCACCACCAGCCGGGACUCUGUGAGCCGCUGCCACCUCUCACUCGCGGCUCGCAGAGCACACAGACUGACCAUGCUCCCAGACCAGCGAGAAGGCUCUUCAGGAGUGCCUCUGAGCAGGUGGUGCUGUGCCGAGUGACGCCAAGCUCCUGUCCCCAGACCUGGCACCGUUUCCCGCAGCGGCUUCCGGAGUGCCCAGGCUGGCAGGGGCCGCAUCGGACAGGAGGGCCUCUGUCGGGGCAGCUGGCGGGGCCUGCGGUGGGGGCCUCACGGAGUCUCCAUUCCCUGAUGCCGUGGGCACCACCGCCAUGCCUUGGAGGGUCUCGGGAAUGAGCCGUCCCGACUCGGUGCUUGGCUGGGCAGUUCCACCACAGCUGGAGUCUUAAGAAUCGCGUCCAGAGCUUUUAUACUGAACAAUAAAAUUCUUUCAGAGCUCA